AUGUUGCUGAGCUUGAACACCGCAGUGUCCGUAGCUCGCACUCACCUACCCUCCGCCGUGUACCUCCGCCGCCACGCCGCCGCUUCUAUCCGCUCCACCCCUUCUCAUCUUUCCCUUUCCCGAUCGCCAUCCUCCACCGCCAUAAGAAUGUCAUCCUCCGAUUCCCAGUCCAACCCCACCGGCAAUCACAUCAUCGAACACAUCGUGCUGUUCAAAGUGAAGCCCGACGCCAAUCCGUCCGCCGUCGACGCCAUGAUCUCCAACCUGAACGGUCUCACCUCCCUGGAACCGGUCCUCCACCUCUCGGCCGGCCCGGUCGCCCGAUGCCGGUCCAAAUCGCUCGCCUUCACCCACAUGCUCCACUCUCGGUACAGAUCCAAAACUGACCUGGCCGCCUACUCGGAUCACCCCACGCACGUGAGCGUCGUGGCUAAUUACGUCAGGCCCGUCGUCGAGGACGUCAUGGCCGUCGAUUGGGUCGCCGACGGAUUCUCCGGCCCGGCGGCUGUUUCUCCCGGCUCGGCCGUCAGGCUGACGGUUCUGAAGCUGCAGGAGAGCGCGGGGGAGAGUGGGAAGGGCGAGGUUCUGAGGGUUGUGAGGGAGGUUAAGGAGAAGUUUCCCUUGAUCGAGCAGCUGACCGCCGGGGAGAACUUCUCUCCUGGCCGGGCCAAGGGCUUCUCGAUUUGUUCGAUUGCGGUUUUCAAGGGGAGUAAGGAGUUGGAGGAGUUGGAUUCAGAGGCAGAGGCUGCGAAUGAGGAGAAGGAUAAGGUCAGGGGGCUUCUCGACGGCGUGUUGGUGGUGGAUUAUGCUGUGGCUACAUCAGUUCAAACUGCCAGUCUUUAG